AAUUUCAUAACCUGUUCACUUUUCAGGUGUGUACCUACUCCCCGAUAAGAAUCUAACCAUAUUUGCAUCCGAAAAAAGGCGAUUUUUUUCGUAGAGGGUAGUACCCCGCCCCAUCAGGUUUCUGGUACUCAAUGGUAAGACCAAGAAAUUGUGUAAUAGACCGCGGUACUAUAAAUAUAAGGCCCAUGGUUGACAUUUGUGAAACAGUCCAUCCGAGUGGUAACUACAAGACAUUUCAUCUCUGCGUGUGCCGUGUUGAUAAAAGGAAAAAAAACAUGUUUAUCGAGUUCGUUCUGGUGAGCGCGUUAGCCGUGGUCGGUCAAUGUAAACCGCUGUUGAUUUCUCACGCACCAAUAGCUCACUCUACAAUCCUCCAAGAAACCAUAGAUGCACAUCCACAGUACAAGUUCGAAUACGGAGUCCAAGAUCACUCGACGGGUGACAUGAAAAGCCAACAAGAAACUCGCGACGGCGACACAGUCAAAGGCAGCUACAGCCUAGUGGAACCAGACGGCAGCAAACGCACUGUAGAUUACGUCGCCGACCCCAUCAACGGUUUCAACGCAGUAGUACGCAGGGAGCCGCUCAAUCACCCCCAAACCGUAGUCGCCCACGCCCCUGUUACCGUUGCGCACGCACCUGUUGCUUAUGCGCAUACACCUGUUGCUAUUGCGCAUUCACCUGUUGCCAUUGCGCAUACACCUGUUGCCAUUGCGCAUACACCUGUUGCAUAUGCGCACGCACCUGUUGCUUAUGCGCACGCACCUGUUGCUUAUGCGCACGCACCUGUUGCUUAUGCGCAUACGCCUGUGGCCUUGGCAUCGCCUCUAUCAGCAAUCAGUCACCACAGCAGUACCGUCCUACACCGUUAAGCUCAGAAUCACCUGUUCAUCUUAUUUAUUUCAUCUGUCUUUUUUGUAUAAUCGCCUCAUCAUCAGUCUUCAAUAAAGUAUUGAUCGCAUUUAGCUCUGGCUGAUAUUAUUUCAUGUUUCGAGACUGAGUAAUGUAACAAAAUCGAGAAUGAACUUUUCAUUUGUCCUAAGCUGUUGCCAUUGAG